ACCGUUCCAACUCCAACCCAAACCAAACCAGUGCCCCCAAAACAUGCAAAUCCAGUGGUGCCUUCUCCUUCUAGUUCUGGUUCUCCACCAGGCAUCCGCGACCAGAGAAUCUCCGCCGUUGAUGGUGGGCGGAUGGCGAUCGAUCAAAGACGCGAGUGAUCCGCACAUACUGGAGAUCGGCGAGUUCGCGGUGUCAGAGUACAACAAGGAGAAGAAUGCAGGGCUGAUGUUCAGACGUGUCAUCGAUGGUCAGACCCAGGUCGUUGCUGGGAUCAACUAUCGGCUAACGGUGGAAGCCAUGCAUGAUGGAGUAGGAAACAGGUACGAGGCUGAGGUGUGGGAGAAGGCUUGGGAGGGGUUCAGGAGCCUCACUUCAUUCAAACCCGCUGGGCGAAGCUAAUGUGCACGUGGGGUGCGCAUGGUAAGGAUCAUCUUGUGAAUGGGGUCACGUGCUCAUAUGGGAUUAGGUUGCCCGUAUCCCUUUGUCUUCUAGUACCUU